CAUACAGCAGCAAACAAACUAGCAGGAAAAAGACAAUUGGAAUAGCUCGUGGCGUUCGAAAACAUCAUGUAAACAGUACAGCGAGAACUCAGUUGACACAGCACAGCAGAAAGCUCUUGACAGCAGCAAGAAAAAAGUGUUAAAAGAAGGGCUUUUGACAGUGUGUGCUCGUAAAUACCAUCUCAAGACUGGUGGAGCGUGGUAAAGAAUUUACGAAAAAAAGCUACAAAACAGUUCUCGGUCAACGUAAACAAAUGCCACCAAGGUGGACGAGACGCGCGAUCGAUUGAAAGUUUAGUAGAGCCAAAACGCCAAACACACCCGAAAAGACACGCUGCGCACCGAACAUUGUUUUUCAAUACAACAAAAAGACUAAAGGAAACUGAAGAGACUUACUGGAGGAUUGCUUGGACAGGGCAGGAUAGCUCAGCCAAAUUCUGCCUAUCGUUCUUGCUGUUGUUGUUGUUGCAGGUGUGAGGGUCCCCGAAAGAGAAGACCCUUGCAACAAAGCGAAAACGCGCGUCCUGCUAUAGUUGUAUCUACGUUAUUAUCGCACAUGAGUGGCAUGCAGCGUUAAGUAGUACGGCACGGAGUGGCCAAGAUCGCUCUUGCCAACGUACCAACGCCAGAUUCUUUAUUCGUGUUGAUAUUCGCUCGCAGCGUUCGCAGCUCGACCGACUGGACAAAAACUGGUGGUAGAAGUUUACGCUUAAGGGUGGACCCGAUUCAGCUAUUCUUUUAUUGAACAUCAACCACAAUUUCUCACACACAACAACAUUUAAUCAGUGCUGUAACACGAUGGCAAGAGUCAAUCUGAAUCCGCUGAAUGGUUGUCCGGUGUCGGGUACAGUUGAUUCAUCGGGGUCGGGAGGGCAGGGCAAGGACCAGUGGGUGAAAUUAAAUGUUGGUGGCACCUGCUUUCUUACGACCAAAACCACCCUAUCGCGCGAUCCUAACUCGUUCCUAUCGCGGUUGAUUCAAGAAGACAGCGACCUCAUUUCCGAUCGGGAUGAAACAGGUGCCUAUCUGAUCGAUCGUGAUCCACGCUACUUCGCACCGGUGCUCAACUACUUGCGCCACGGCAAGCUUGUGCUGGACGACGGUUUGUCGGAGGAGGGCGUACUGGAAGAGGCCGAAUUCUAUAACGUGACGCACCUGAUCGGAUUACUAAAGGAUAACAUAGCGCGACGCGAGCAGCAGUGCCCAGCAGCGGACAAGAAACGCGUCUACCGGGUGCUGCAGUGCCAGGAGAACGAGCUAACACAAAUGGUUUCGACCAUGUCGGAUGGCUGGCGGUUCGAGCAGCUGAUCAACAUUGGUACUCAGUACAAUUACGGCGCAGAGGAAAAUGCCGAGUUUUUGUGCGUGGUAUCGAAAGAGUGCGCCAACACACUGCUUGGGCGCGAGGUCGAAUCGAACGACCGCGCUAAGGUGCUACAGCAAAAAGGGUCGCGAAUGUAAGCGCUUGUUCGUCGCACAAAUUCCAUCAUGCUUGCGGAUGUUGGAUUGUAGGAUGCGACAGUGGAGACAGAAGAAAAGUUGGCCUUCCGAAGGACACGGUGUAGUAGAGGGCAAUCAUGAGAAUUCAAUUAUUAACAGAACAUCUACUCACCUAUAACAUCAUAAUAUACGCACAAAGCCAGUAGUAAGGAGAACUAGUACCAUAAGUAAAUGGUGCAGUAAGCGUUAGUAUUAUACAAAAAAAGAAACUGAUCGAAAAACAAGCCCUAUAGUAAAACAAAAUAUAAAAACAUAGUUCAAGACAAGAACAACUACUUAUUGGCAAUCAGUUAACAAAAAAGUUGUGUCAUGUUAAAAGUUUUCAUGAAAAGUUUUCGUUCCGUUUUUACCAAUGCGCGCAGCUCACAGCUCGUCUUUCUAGUGGUGAUUGUCAAGCAACGGUGAUGAGGGCGACGCUCAAGUAAGAUCACGAGGAUUUCGAUGUAGCCUUACGGCGAAGUUCGUACGAGUGAACUAAGGGUUUGACCAAAACAGCGCCCCUGGCACGUUACAAAUCAACAAACCAAUAUAUCAAUGUCAGCUAUGGCAGCUGCGCUCGCACGAGCUCCAUUAGUUGCAGCAGUUGUGAUAUGAGAAAAGACAGGACCUCACAGUAGCACGCUGAUGGAUGUAUAGCAAUCAGGACUGUGGAAAGCAAGCAGGAAGACUUGAAUUGUAACUAUCUAAAACGUAGCGCAAACUAAACUCCUUAACAUAUAUUUGCAUAUUAUCUUUGCACAGACACAUUGAUGAUACAGAACGGUAGGACGAUACGCAUGCGGGAUUAUGGGAGUCUUGCAUACUACGAACACCAACAUUCUUACGAAAAGAGUAGAAUGUGGGCUCGGUACGGCUACGGCGCUUUUCACGAGGUACUUGCUCGUUGUCUCCGUUAAAGAAUGACAACGAACGAUGUUCACGGAGUAAGACUCUUCGACCCAAGAAAACAUAUACGCACAAUUUACAACAAAAAAAAAUCAAAGCAAUACCCUUGCCGAUCGCAUUGCCCAUCACCUUCUUUAUCGUAAUACAGUACAUGUUAUUUUCAUUUAUGUUUCCAUUCGUUCAUCCCCAUUACGUGGUUAGCGGUGUUUACACAUAGGAUCGGCGCGAUCCCGAUAGAUGUGCGGUGAACGUAAACGCACACGAACCGUAGAUCGUAAAUUUCUUGGAUUGCCUUGCUUAAGUAUGGUACUGAUGGUGUCCCUAAAACUCGUGAGGAUCGUGAAUAGAACGCACAACGACAGGCACGCGUGUGGCAGGCAAUAACCAGGAGAGCGACAGCAUUGAUGUAAAAAGUAAUAAGUUUCUCGUUCCAGCGUUUUUCGUAGUGCGUUAGAGCUGCGUAGGGAACGCACGCGACCGUGGAAAGGCGAGAACUAGUGAGGUAAAGAGAAAGUGUUUAAUUAAUCGUUUGACUAGAGGCUAUAUGGGCACCUAAUUAUUGUAGGGGGCAUUUUGUCGGAAGUGCAGUGCUUCCCACUGCUUCCGUGGGCCGAAACCACGGGUAUCUAUAUCGGGAUGCAUGGUGCCGAUUAUGAUCGCCGCUCUGUUAGAACUGGUCGUUACCAAUUAGGUUAUUUGGCAGGAGCGAAGAUCGAUCGAACAACGGUAUCCCCUCGAAGAUGUAAUUGUAUUUCGAACUCAAGGAAGAUUCGUUCACACACGCGCACACACACACAAAAAGAAACUAUAAAUGGCUCCAAUCGUGGUAGGAACUAUAGUGAAUUUAUAGGUUUUUAUCUCUAUUUUUACCAAACAAACAACCAUAAAUGAGAUACCUGUUCGUACGCGAGGUGUGCAAGACGUGGAUUAUAAGA